AUGCGCCAGGAGGAGCGGCAGGCACUGCUGCAUGAGGGUGCGGGCCAUGCGGUGCUGUCGGCCUUUGUAGAGCUCGUCUUUGACAACAGCGACGGCCGCUUCCCGGUGCGAGAGCGGCCACGCUGUUGCGUUGUGCUCACUCCCACCAGCACUCUGCCCACUCGCGUGCCAAAGAUUGACAAGGACGAGGUGCGCCUGCGCCGCACCAUUGGCGCCAAGAAGGACGAGUACACCCUGGACCGCAAGCACGUCACCAAGCAGGAGGUGAUGAACCUGCUGGAGUCUGCGGGUUUCAGCCGUGCCAACCCCUACUACAUCGUGCAGCAGGGCAAGAUCAUGAGCAUGGCCAACAUGAAGGACGGCGAGAGGCUGGAGCUGCUCAAGGAGAUUGGCGGCACCAAGGUGUACGAGGAGCGGCGCCGCGAGAGCCUCAAGAUCAUGCAGGAGACGGAGAACAGGCGCGCCCAGAUCGAGGAGGUGGUGGAGUUCAUCGAGUCCAAGCUGCAGGAGCUGGACGCCGAAAAGGCUGAGCUGGCGGCUUUCCAGGCGCUGGACCGCCAGCGCCGCUCCAUUGAGUACGCCCUGUUUGACAAGGAGCUGGCGGAGGCGCGCUCCAAGGCAGCAAAGGUCGAGGCCGAGCGCGCCAAGCUAGGGGAGGAGGCGGCGGCCGCCCAGAAGGAAGCCGCGGCGGCCAAGGAGCGGCUGGUGGCGGUGGAGGCGGCCAGCACUGAGGCUCAGGAGGCGAAGGCGUCUGCGGAGAAGGCGCGCCGCGCGCUGGCCAAGGAGCGCGACGCCGCGCUGAAGCAGCGCGCCAAGCUGGAGCUGGAUGAGAAGGAAGCCGCGGGGAAGCUGGCAGCAGAUACCGAGUCAUCCACGGCCGCAAAGGCGGAGCUGGCGCGGCUGUACAAGCAGAUUGCAGAUGCGGAGAGGCAGUGCGUGGCAGCGGCCACGGCGCUCGAGGAGAAACGGAAGCGCGAAAAGGAGGUGCACGAUGAGCUGUCGUCCAGCCAGGGGCGGCUGCAGGCGCUGAUGUCAAAGCAGGGGCGCUCCAGCCAGUUUGCCAGCCAGGGGGAGCGGGACGCCUUCCUCAAGGGGGAGGCCAAGAAACUGCAGGACGCGGCGGCCAAGCAGGAGAGCGCGCGUGCGGCGCUGCAGCAGCAGGUGGAGGAGCUCAACGCGGUUCUCAUGGCCGGCGCUCAGGCUGCGGGCGACAAGGAGCAGGUGGCGCGGGACGCGGCGGGGGCGCUCGAGGCGGUGUCGAGGCAGCUGGCGGAGCUGAAGAAGGCCCGGGACGAGGCCGCCAACCAGCGCAAGGAGGCGUGGCGCGCCGCGGACGAGCUGAAGGACCAGUUCCGCGCAGCGGAGAGCGAACACGCGCGCGCACGCGAGGCCGCCCAGCGCGUGAUCCCGCGUGACAUCAGCAUGGGCAUCAUGGCCAUGGAGGCGGCGCGCCGCGCCCACAACAUCAAGGGCGUGUAUGGCUCCCUGGCUGACCUGCUGGAGGUGCCGGCGCAGCUGUCCACAGCGGUCGAGGUGGUCUGCGGCAACCAAGCCUUCCAGGUGGUGGUGGACACGACUGACACGGGCAUGCGACUGGUGCAGGAGCUGAACCGGCAGCGCAGCGGGCGCGUCACGUUCAUGCCGCUCGACGCGCUGAGGGUGCAGGAGGUGGCGUACCCUACGGAGUGGGGGGACGCGGCGGUGCCGAUGCACCGCGUGCUGAAGUAUGACGAGCGCUUCAAGACGGCCGUCAUGCAGGUGUUUGGCAAGACGCUGGUGUGCCAGACGCGGGAGAUCGCGGAGAAGGUGGCCAGCGGGGGCGUCCUCGACGCCAUCACGCUCGACGGCGACCUCGUGCGGCGCAAGGGCACCGUCAGCGGCGGCUUCAGCGACCCGAUGCGCAACAAGAUCGGGUCACACCAAAAGGCGCGCACACACCUGGCUCGCGGCCCCAAGCCCGCGAGGGGUUGGGGGCGCCACGGCUCAUGGUUGAGCAUGCCACGCUUUGGCGUCCGCGCCUCGCCGACGGCCCCGGCGGUCAAGGCCCUGGAGCAGCGGCUGGCGGAGCUCACGGCCCAAAAGAAAGCGCACGAGGCGGCCGCGGCGGAGCACGACCACCGCGCCGACCAGCUGUCAGCAGAGGUCGCCCAGCUGGAGGGCCGGCACAAGCACAUGCAGCAGGCGCUGGAGCAGGCGCGCCGCGACGUCAAGGCGGCGCAGGCCGGGGACGCGGGGCAGCGCAAAGCCCUGAAGCGCGCAGAGGACCAACUGGCUGAGGUCGAGGUGGGCGGCCGCGGUGGCUGCUGCUGCUUCUGCGGCCGCGGCGGCGGCGGCGCGGGGCGCCCCUGCCGGCGCGGCUCUUGGGCUCUCGCUUCAGCGGGGGAGUCCCUUGCUGACGUGGCGCGCAAGCUGGCGGUGGCCAGGGAGGAGAUGCAGACAGACAUGCUGGAGCAGCUGAGCCCGACUGAGCGCAAGCAGCUAGGGGAGCUGCAGCCGCGGGUGGCGGCCCUCAAGGAGAGCCUGGAGGCGGCAAAGGCGGAGCACCAGCAGGCCGCGGCCAAGCUGGAGGGCCUUCAGACGCGGCUGGAGACAAACCUGCUGCGGCGGCGCGACGAGCUGGCGACGGCCGCCGAGGAGGGCACGCCCGCCGAGGCCGCCUCCUUGGACGGCCUAAGGGCGGAGCUGGCGCGCGCGGCCGAGGCGGUGGAGGGCGUGGAGGAGCAGCUGGCUGAGGCGGAGGCCAGGGCCGCGGCGGCCGCGGAGAAGGCCAAGGCCGCGGACCGCGAGCGCGAGGCCCUGGCAGAGGCCGUUAAGCGCGGCGGCGGCGGCGGCGGCGCCGAGGGGGGCGAGGGGGCGCGGCUCGAGGCGCUGGCCGAGAAGGCCGCCGCGGCGCGGCAGCGCGCGGACGACCUCAGCCGCCGCAUCAAGGAGCUGGGCACGCUGCCGUCUGACGCUUUUGAGAAGUACCGCGGCAAGAACACCAAG